GACAGCCUUGUCGUCCAGCAGGAGUGCUGUAGUGCGAGUGCUAGAAAGAAGAGAACACGAAGAAUUCAGCAAAGGUAGCACACACAUCGGCUAAAGGGGCCUCCGGACAAAAAAGCACAAGCAGACGGAAAUCAACGAAACGGGCAGGUCCUACACCAUCAUUUCCAUCUGCCCCAGAACCCCCCACCCUGCCUUCUAUUUGGGAUUGUCCGACUGCUGCUGCACGGGAGCAAAAACCACAAAAAAGAAUAGUUCCUCGUUCUGCUGCCCUCGCUCUCCCUGCACGGUGAAGUGACCGACACACGCACUACGACGAUAUUACACCAGCUGCUGUUUGGUGCUUGUGAAAAAAUAGAAAAGAAAACGAGCUGUGCGAAGGUGUGCUAAAAAGCAACAACCCCACGAGAGAUACGAAGCCAAGCAUCGUCACGGCGGGGUUUCAUAAGCGAACUCAACGUAGAUCAGCCAACUUUGUCGCGGAAACCCUUAGCAACAGAAUAUCCCAACUCCAGCCACCUCCCCAAGAGAGGAACAAAAGCAAAGCACCCAAAGCCAAGCGCAAGUACUGCUUGCGUGUGGUGUUGUGGCAAUGGAUUGUCCGCACAUCGUCGAUAACGUAGGUCUCGGUAAGGAAUCGAUCAGGGCGGUGAAGAACAGCAACAUCGCAACUACGGCCGUUGCUGCCGAACCCAUCAUAAACACCCCCGUACGAGAUGUGUCGGAUGCGGUAGUGCUGUCCGACGUAGUAGUUGCUGCUAGUCCGACCACUGUUCUCACGGUCGCAUCUACUGCGUCAUCGUCCUCAUCACCAUCAUCGGCAGCAGCGUCAAAGCAUUGGAAAUGUACAGAAUGUUCAAUCAGCAAAGACAACUGGAUGUGUUUACAGUGCGGUGCGGUACUAUGCGGUCGCUACGACAACGGCCAUGCAUUGAAGCAUUCGAAUAUGAACAAAAAUCAUAACAUUUGCAUGAAUACGUCGAACCAGUCAGUCUACUGCUAUAAAUGCGAUGAAUUUGUGAUAAACGACACCAAUGACAAUGCACUGGAAGAACUCCGGCAAGAGUUAAAGGAAGGCAAUGGCGAUCAGAUGGAUACGAUCUCCGAAACAUCCUCCACGCUGGAAGAAAUUAGUUCAUCUAAAUCGACGCAAGAAACGGCCAGCACUUCCUCGUCGAGUGAUUCCGGAUGGGAAGAACCAUCGCCGACCGCACUGGUUACACCCGUACCAAUACCGACCGUUGCUAUCGUUAGUUCGCGAAAGUUGCGUCCCCGCAAGCGUACGAUAUCGAGCGAUAGCAACAACGAGAACGGUGCGACCACUGCCAAACGGAAGUCGAUGCGGCGAGUCGUCGGAUUGCGCAAUCUUGGCAACACCUGCUUCAUGAACUCAGUAUUACAAUCGUUAAGCAACAUACAGGAGUUUAGCUGCUACUUCAACACGAUGCCUGCACUGGAGAUGAAACACAAACAGAAGUCGUACCAUUCGCGCAGCAUCAAGGAAACGAUGGACGAUGUGUUUGUCGUGGAGGAACUGCGCAAGGUUCUUCUGAACCUCAGUCAAGGUGGCGAUGGGUCGAAAGGUGCCAUCUCACCCGAGUGUUUGUUUCUGGUCAUCUGGAAGGUGGUACCACAGUUCCGUGGACACAGGCAGCACGAUGCACACGAAUUUCUGCGCUAUAUGCUUGACCGGCUUCACACCGAGUUGCAGCAGGUAUCGUUUCCGGUGGAGCUUUCAGCACAGAAAUCGGGCGAACACAAAAAUCCUUACAACGUAUCGGGGUUAAGUCACCUGCAGGCGAAGGGCCGAAAUUCCAUCGUCACAAACGUGUUCGGAGGUGUUCUGCAAAGUGAGGUGCGCUGUCUGAUCUGUGGCAUGGAAAGCAAAAAGCACGACCCAUUCCUCGAUCUAUCGUUAGACAUUCCUGAAAAGUUUUACAGCAAAGAUCACGCCUCGGAUGUUGGUGGAAAUGGGGUGGAUGCGACGAGUGGAGGUGGUGGGGCUCCUGUUUGCCACAUUGCUGACUGUCUCUCCAGCUUUACAGAGGUAGAAGAAUUAGCAGAAACUGAACUAUACUAUUGCAAUUCGUGCAAAUGCAAGCAGAAAUCGACCAAGCGCUUCUGGAUUCGUCGAUUACCGAACGUGCUGUGUUUGCAUAUAAAACGGUUCCGAUGGAAUAAUUUCUACAGAACAAAGAUCGACCUGAGAAUAGCAUUCCCCAUAAACGCGCUCGAUAUGUCACAGUUUGUGCUAAAUAAUGGACCGGAAACGAGGCGAUCCAAUUCCAGCUGCAACAUUUACGACCUAGCCGCCGUUAUCGUGCAUCAUGGCAAUGGCUCCAGCUGUGGUCAUUAUACGUCCUUUGCCAUCAACAAUGGUGUCUGGAUGCACUUCAACGAUCACACGGUGAAGGAGGUGAGCAGUACGGCGGUCGCCGAAUGCAAACCGUAUAUCCUGUUCUACAUCAAGCGUGAUCCGACGAAUGCCAACCGGCUGUCUACGAUCGGUACCGUGGCGCCAGGUGCUGCAGCGGGACCCAAUCAGUCGUCCUGAGAUUAAGUUAUUUUGUUUCCGUUCAAGACUGAUUAAAAUUCGUAACUGUUAAUCUGACUGAUGAUCCGCUCGUUCGUUCGUGAACGUAUUUUCUUUUCCGGGAGUCGCCGGCUUUCGCAUUACAUUAAAGUGCAUAAUACGUUUGGAUUCAAUGAAGUUUAGUUUGAUCGUAAACGGUGAUUCGGUGCCGAGAAAGUAUAAAGAAGCUAUUCAAACGUAUCCCACCAACAAAACCAUUGCUGGUGCAAUGCAUUGCAUUACCGUGUUUCUUUGGAUACCAUUGUAUUGGGUUUAUUUCAUUUUAGACCAUGUUCCAGUGGUACUAGAAAUGUAAUACAAUGAGUACCGCCAGCGUUGAUAAUAGUGGGUACGAAAAAAAAUUAAAUAAAACAAGUUUAGGCAAAACGAAAUUAUACAACGUGUGUAGAUGCACAAAUGCGGAUGUGAAGGAAAUCUAAACAAAAUGCGAUGCAACGGCGAAAAAAAUGUAUAGAAUUAUAGAUAUGUAUAAUGUAGAAUUUGAAAUAGUUUACAGUACGGCUAUAACAUCAUAAGGAUUCGGUGAAGUAAGAUAGAGUAAUUUAAUUUUGCUACCUAAACAAACCUUUUUCUUUCUUUUUCCAUACAACAACGCUUUUCUUUCUCAUUUUCUUACUUGAUUGCUGUCCCAGUGCUUUUUCUUCUUUUUAUAUGCUGCCUCUUUUUCCUUUUCUACAGCUCGUUCUAUCUAUUCGAGUCGUUUCUUUACUUUUUGAAGAUAAUGAAUUUGAUAUGUGAUAAACAGAUGCAUUUUAGUUCGUGUAAGGAAAUCUAGCGCGUACAGUAAGAAAACUGUAGAAAACGCCGUUAUGCAAAAAGCAAACAAAAGGAAAAACGAUCAAAUUACAGUUUCAACUCACACGAUGGUGUGAAGCACGAAAGACGCGGGAGUAUGAAACUAAAUAAAAAAAAAAAUCACAUAAAGGCCGCUCAGUUUCGUACACUACAUAAACUAUUUUAAGGCAUUAAAUCUAAGUAUGAGUAUAUUUUAAAAUUGAUAAUUUAUAAGAUUCUCAAAGAGGCCGCCCCGAGUUAUUGUGAUGUUAAUACAGUUUUGUCUACGUUUUUUUUCCUUUUCCUUUGAUAGAGAGCGUUUCAUCUGAUUUCACUAUUUCUGCUAUAUGCUGAUUGCAAUGCAAUCUAUCUAACUUUUUAUGCGAGCUAUUUUAUGCUGUUUCGAGACUAAAAACUACUAACACUGCAUCAUUCAAUCGCCAACUUAUCUUUUUUCGGUUGAAACCUUUUAGUAGUCGAUCAGAUUCUCGAGUGCGAAUGUGUGUGAAAUCUUCGAUAGAAUGCAAUUUUUUCCUUUCUCAGUAAAAUUUAAUAAACACAGAACCGAAGGUAAACCCAUCUUAAACUUUAUUCCUUACCUCUAAACUACUCUUACUUCAUUCGAUUUGUUAAACGAAUAAAGCGGAAAAUGGUACACAAUGUUGAAACGACAACAAUAUUACCAUUGCCGUUCGCUGCGACGUAUGAAAGACAAAGUUACGACAAUGCGUGGUACGAAACCAAACUUUUAUAAGAGCAGACCGGUCGGAGGAGGUAAAGUAAAGGAAAUAGAAAUAGGGCACAAAGGCAAAAUUCAAAUAACAAAAAAAAAACAGUUGAUAGGAAAAAUUUAACGCAUCUUUAAGCCGGGAUUUACAUUACAAAUUGAAUCUAUUCAUUCAAU